AUGAUCGACCGAGACACAGAAACCUCACUGCGAUAUCUUCGUGAAGUGAUUCGAAGUGGGAAAACGGAGAUUAUUCCCUCCUCCGCUCAAGCCGUCUUAAACAGUCUUGCCAACAGCAAAUGCUGUCGAGAUCCGGGUCUACAGGAUGCUUUGAUAAACUUGCUGAAAUUUGUCGAUCAUCAUGUGGAUGUACAAUCAACAUCGAAACUUGAUCAACCUGAAGGGAUGCGGCUCGUUGAUGAGCUGCAAAAAGAACUACUCUCUUCUCGAAGUCGACCACAACCAGAAGAAUCAAUCUCCUCAUAUGAAGUGGAAGAGCCGGAUGAAGGCAUUGGAAGCACUGUCUCCAACGCGAGUACUGGCCCCGAUCCUGGCCUUGAUGAACUACUCACACAGCUAAAUUUAAGACAAGUGGCCAAAUUUGAGCCAAAAUUCCCUGAAAUGAACGGAGAAUCCGAGGAGGAAGAUGGAGGAGUGCUGACAGAAGAAAGAAAAGAGGAAAGAGCAGAGAAACAUGGGCAAAAGACUUGCGAAGAAGAAGUGGAGACAUUACCCGAUGGGACAGAGGUCAGGAGGAAGAAGACAAGAACGGUGAACAUGUCACAAAGUAGUCGACAGGUAACAAUCAGCACACGUGGCGGUGGAGUUCCAUGUGUUUCGCGGCGUUUCAUUGAUGGAAACCAUUCGAUGAAUGACGACACCGACUUUGAGACAACCGAUUUCUUCACUUCCCCAUUGUCAAGAAUGAAGCGUGACCGGGCAAAUUUUCUCAAUCCCGAGCAAUCAAUCGGUUUUGAAUCGACAUCAAGUGAACCCGGGCAAUCUCAAAAAACAAAGACCGUCGAAGCGACGAGUGAAGUGACACAAAGUGUUGCUCAAAAGACGCAAAAGAAUGGACGAGUGCUGGCGGAGAAUGCGGCUCACAAAAUCGAUACCACGGAAUUGAAUGCUCGACAAAUUGACACAUUCAAGGGCAAGCAGCUAACGGAUCGAAAAGGUGAUGGCACAUAUGAGGAGGCGACAAUAUUUCGCGGUGGUUUACCCGGAAUCGAGAGAACUCCUGCUGAUUCCCCUGUGAAGAAACACGUGGUCGAGUAUAUUCAGACGUUCGACACCAAAAAGGAUCCGAAUGCCGAUGAAUUUCUGAGAGGGACAACACUGGCGACAUAUGUGCGAUUGAACGACAGUUUACGCCUUCACGAGGAGCAAUUCCGCAAGAAACUCACCUUCGAAUUCUCAUCGUCUGGCAUCUCCACCACUCAAUCCGACUUCAGUAACUUGGCUGAAUUAUUGCAAAGUUGCGCAGAUUUAAGUCGGAUACGAUUGCCGAAGAAAUUUCAGGACUAUGAGCAAAAAGCAAUCACUUAUCCGGAAAGGAAAUACAUUGGUGCGCCAAAAUCGGUACUCGAGUGUUUGGAUGUGACGGAUUAUCUUGUGUUGAAGGAUAGAGAGGCUGCUAUUCGACCCAGUGAGAUCCGAGGUGGCCCAAUCGAUGCUCUAAUCGUUUUCGCCACCCAAGCCAGCGGUUCACUUCUCUAUCAAGAAGCUUUCCUCUCGACCUAUCGCACUUUCGCCUCAUCUCAUGAUCUCUUGCAAAAGUUAACGCACAGAUAUGUGUACAUGGCGUUAUCCUCCGAACCAGCCUCUCAAAAAGCGGCUCGUCUCACCUUUUCCGUCAUCGUUCGAGUGGUUGAUGAGCUGUGUACGGUGGAAAUCAACAAAGAACUCGUCGCAAUUGUUACGAAUUUUGUUUAUCGAUUGAUUCGAGAUGGGAAUUUUCAAUUGGCUAGGCUAUUGAGAACUCGUCUCAUCGAAAGAAUAGAAUCAAGCGCGGUGGUUAGACAACCAACAGUCUACAUGGAUCGGCUAAAGAAAGGAGAAACCCUGUUGGAUUUUCGAUCAGCAACCAUUGCACAACAGCUGACUUUACUCGAUCAACGCUUGUUCCAAGCGAUCGAACCAGCCGAACUCCUGUGGUGGGCCGAGGCGCAAGAUGAGAAACGGUGCCCAAAUUUGGUCGCUUUCACCGAGCAGUUUAACAAAAUGUCGUAUUGGGUGAGAACAGUGGUUUUGACACCGAAAGAGCACAAGGAACGAGAGCGCUACAUGAACAAAUUCGUGAAAAUCAUGAAGCAACUCCGUCGUUUGGGCAACUUCAAUGCUUAUCUGGCGAUCUUGUCGGCGCUCGACUCGGGCCCAGUGCGACGCUUGGAAUGGGGAAAAAUGGCAACCGAACAACUGAAAGAGCACGCUGUCAUCAUGGAUUCCUCGGGAUCGUUCAAAAUCUACCGAACGGCGCUCGUAGAAACGGCACCACCUUGCAUUCCUUACGUUGGUCUUGUCCUUCAAGAUUUGACCUUUGUACACGUCGGCAACGUAAAUUAUCUCCACGCUGAGGCGGUGAAAGGAAGAACGGAUUUGUUGAACUUUGGCAAGAGAUGGCAACAAUUCGCCAUUCUCGACUCGAUUCGAAAAUUGAAAAGAUGGAACUAUUCUUUCACGAGAGAUGAUCGAAUCAUCGCCGCAUUCAAGUGUUUCACUUCGUUGACAGAGGACGAGACAUGGGAAUUAUCCGAGAUGAUCAAACCGAGACAGAGAAGGAAUCCU